AUGACUGGGAAACUGCCAUUAGAUUCCAAUUAUGACUUGGAACAGCAGUUCAUCUUUCGGAUUACAGAUAGUGUUGCUGCAGAAAAUCUAGCGGCUGAUAUCGAUGCCGGAAUACCCUUCAAGGAAAAUUUUACCAUAGAAUUUAAACCUGAUAUGCGACAUACAAUUGUUCGAUAUAAUGGUCAAGUCUAUCAAGGUCAAAUUAUGGAUCUUCCAUGCAUAAUAGAAUCUUUAAAGACUACAGAUAGAAAGAAUUUUUAUAAAACAGCUAAUAUUUGUCAAAUGAUGAUAUGUACUCAAGGUGAUGAAACUGGGCCUGUACGUGGGACUGCUGCAUAUUUAGACAAUCGUCCUGGUUCACGCAAUAGAACAUUUGAUAUUAGUCAUGAAAAUCGAGAAUUUCAAUUUCUUCAUGGGAUAACACCACCGUUGAAAAAUGUUUUACAUCGUCGAUUUCGUAAAACACGUCGAAAACGUUUUGUUGAUAUGCCUAAAAUUGAAAAAGAAGUUAAACAAUUAUUACGCGCUGAUUUACAAGCUGUUAAUGUCAAAUGGGAAGUGAUAUGGACUGAUCCACCAGCGCAUCAAAAAAUUCGAUUAAAUACUGAUAGUAACAAUCACAACAAUCAUAGCAAUAGCAAUAGCAAUAAUAAUAUUAAUAAUCAAUCAAAUUUAUCGAAUAAUGAAAUUCAUCAUCAUCAUCAUAUUCAUCAAUUAAACAAUGGACAGCGAACAGCUGAUGAUGAAAUCGACGAUGAUGAUGAUGUUGACGACGACGAUGAUGAUGGUGGACGAGCAUACGCGAUCGAUCAUCGUGAUGUAUUCGGUGGUGAAAUUAGCAGUAGCAGUAUUGGUUCGUCGAGUGAUAGUGAUGACAAUAGUAGUAGUAAUGAACAGCAUGGUGGUGAUGAUGAUGUUGGUGGUGGUUGUCAUAGAGGAAAUGGAAGAAGAGAAGAAGAAGAAGAUGUAAGUAGUCAUCAUCAUCAUCAUCAUCAUACUGGUGACAAUAAUGAACAUUUGGUUAUUGAUGACAGAACAGUU